AUGUCGGAAAAGCAAGAACAAGUGGUAGUGGACAAAAAGCCGGUUCCGCGCUAUGCUGGAUUCAUAGCAGGAGUGUUUUCUGGUGUGAUGAAAAAUACUGUGGGGCAUCCAUUCGACUCUGUCAAAGUUCGUAUGCAAACUUCGGAAGGUCGAUUUAAGGGGCCCUUGGAUUGCACGUUGAAAACUUUGAAAAAUGAGGGUGUGUACGGUUUGUACAAAGGGUUCACACCCCCUCUUGUUGGCUGGGUCUUCAUGGAUUCGGUCAUGUUGGGUUCGUUGCAUGUUUAUCGACGGUUCCUAAAAGAGAACUUCUUCCAGAAGGAUGAAAGACUGCCCCUUUUAGGCCACUGCCUUGCCGGAUUGGGCGCGGGUUUGACUGUUUCGUUUGUGGCUGCCCCGAUUGAGCAACUCAAGGCCCGGUUGCAGGUGCAGUACGAUGCCAAGACAAAGAUCUUCAAAGGACCAAUAGACUGUUUAGUCCGCCUCGUCAGGUACGACGGACUCCGUACGCUUUACAAGGGCUUGAUCCCUACAAUGAUCUUCAGAACGAAUUUUGUUGUUUGGUGGGGAACAUAUGACAUUUUCACCAGAUGGUUCCAGAAUCAUACAAACCUGAGUACUGCCUCCAUUAACUUCUGGUCUGGAGGACUUUCUGCCACCAUGUUUUGGAUUGCUGCCUAUCCUUCGGAUGUCGUUAAGAACAUUGUCAUGAUCGAUGAUGUGAAAAAUCCUCGUUUCAAGAGGUACUCCGAUGUUGUCAAGUAUGUCUAUAACGAAAAAGGAGGAAUUCGAGGUUUCGGCAAGGGUUUCCUCCCAUGCAUUCUCCGGAGUUUCCCGGCCAACGCCGCUGCUCUAACAGCAUUCGAGUUUGUUAUGAGACUAUGGCAAUGA